CUCAUAAAAGCUUUACUUGUCUCUCACUUUCUUUAAGCUUUUAGCUAGCUGCAAUAUCUCAUUUUCUUUUUAAUCUUUGGUUUGAAAAUAAAAUUUAAAAGGUGGUUGUUGUGUCUCCAGUAGUAUUACUACUUCUUCAUAUGGAAAUGGAGGAUCAUCAUAAUCACAAUCAUCAUCACAAUCGCCAUGACUAUGGUGGUAUGGCGGAUCUACGGCAGCUCAUGAACGGUAGAGCUGCUCAUUUUCCUGUAAUCCCACAAGCGGCGGAGUUGUUUCCGGGUCAUCGGAGUCUCACACCCACGCCACAAGGCCACCACUAUGAGAUGUUGAUGGUGGGUCGUCAAGUGAGCGACUUGAUGCCUCGUGGGCUUCAAGAUUUUACUACUAGUAUUACUAGUAAUACUAAUAAUAAUAAGACUAAUAAUACAACUAGUAGUGCGGCUGUUUCUACUCCAAGUUUUAGUGGGUUUGAAGGUGAAGCAGGUGGUUCUUUUGGAGGAGAUGGAGGGACUGGAAGAUGGCCGAGACAAGAGACUUUAACUCUUCUUGAGAUCAGAUCUCGUCUUGAUUCCAAGUUCAAGGAGGCUAAUCAAAAGGGUCCUCUUUGGGAUGAAGUCUCUAGGAUUAUGUCCGAGGAACAUGGGUAUCAAAGGAGUGGAAAGAAAUGCAGAGAAAAGUUUGAAAAUUUAUAUAAAUAUUACAAGAAGACAAAGGAAGGGAAAGCUGGAAGACAAGAUGGAAAGAACUACAGAUUCUUUAGGCAACUUGAGGCUCUCUAUGGAGACACCAGCAAUUCAGUUUCAGUCCCCGAAACCCACCUUGUUGGAACCAGUCUUCGUUUUCAUUCUGGAACCAACACUUGUACUAAUCAGGCAAAUCAAGAGCUCUUUCACUCUCAUCAAAAGCUUUGUGAUAGCCUUAGUCUUUCUAACUCCUCUGAAUUCAAUUCAUCGUCAUCAGAUGACAAUGAUUUAAGCACUAUGGAGAAUGAUUCAACCGAGAAAAGGAGGAAGAAAAGAGGAGGAAGGAGCUGGAAGAUGAAGAUAAAAGAAUUUAUUGACUUUCAAAUGAGGAAGCUAAUGGAGAGACAAGAGUCGUGGUUGGAGAAACUUACUACCACUCUUGAACAGAAGGAACAAGAGAGGAUUUUGAGAGACGAAGAUUGGAGGCGACAAGAGGAAGCUCGCAUCGAUAGAGAGCAUAAGUUCUGGGCUAAAGAGAGAGCUUGGAUCGAAGCUCGCGAUUCUGCUUUAAUGGAGGCCUUGCAAAAUUUAACCGGAAAAGAAUUGAUCAAGACCUCAUCGCCUGAGGAGCUAAUGGCUUCUCAGAUUCAAAAACAAAGUGAAAACCGGAAUGAAAAUGGGAGUCAAGAGGUCAGUGAUAACUGGGAAGAAUCUGAGAUUACAAGGCUGAUACAACUGAGAACCAGCAUGGAAGAAAGAUUUCAACAAAGUGGGUGUUCUGAAGAGAUAAUGUGGGAGGAAAUAGCAGAUAGAAUGGUUUGUGGAUAUGACAGAAGUGGCUUAAUGUGUAAAGAGAAGUGGGAUAACAUCAACAAUUAUAUGAAGAAAACUAACAAGAAACGGAAAGAGAAUUCAAGAAGCUGCAGUAGUUACUUGAUGUACAAUCAAGGAGGAUAUUGUGAGGUCAAUGAAGAAGAGACAGAGACAGUGAGACUUCGUCAAACAAAUGAAAGUUCUUCACCUUCCAAUUCAAAUGUUGGGAAUGCAGUGAGUGAUAGCUGUUUCCGUUUCCUAUUGGCAGAUGGAGAUCACUUAUGGGAAAAUUAUGGAUUGAAGCUGAGCAAGGGAGAAAAUCAGUAAGUUGAAUUAAACAAAAUUUAAUAUCUGUAAAGGGUAAGAGUUUAAUUUGACAAUGUGAGAUGAAGGAGCUGACUCAGGAAGUGAAGAUUUACACGUAGGAAUUGGGGAUUAAUUUGGAUCUUAGAACAUGAAAAUUCAAUACCUUUCAGGUGGACUUUAAGUGCAAUUUAAUGUUACUUUACUUGUUAGGUUUUCUUCCAAACUCAUGAAUUUUUUUUUUUCUCUUUAAUUAAUGGAUGCA